AUGGCUUAUGAGACUACAUUAAAAGGCUGUAGGCUGAACGUGACAGGCUACAAAAAGAAGAGACUAGAGAACAUGAAAGCUGCAAUGGACUUCAGAGAUUGGUGCAAAAAUGAAUGUGUCAGACUUCUUGGAUCCAAAGGCCUCCUAGCCAAUGGCGCGCAUGAUUCCCCUCUAUUUUUGUCUUCAAGAUUGGUUUACAUUUCAUUCCAAGGUCAAAGACAUUAUCCUCAACGACUGUUGGGUCCGCCCCCAUCUCUGGUGUGACCUCGAUGCGACAAAUACAUGGUCGUGGUGUGAAGUUUGGUUGAGGAUCACAUCUAUCUUGUCAUAUAGUGGACGCGAUGGGACCAGGUCUGGGUUGUGACACGUUGGCUGUUGAUUUUAACUAAGUUGAUCAUUCACCGUUGACUUUUGACCAGUUUGACUCUUGGUAAAACUUUGUUAAUUUGAGCUAUAGAUUGAGGUUUUGCAUAUGUUUGAAUUAGGCUGUUUGUGUAAUUGAUUCAUUUAAGGACUCAUGUGAGUGUGUGAUCUCAGAUCUUCAGUUUCAGAUGAGUCUUCUCACUAUAUCAUGUGUAACAUUGUAUGUCUAGCGUGGUAGGUGUUGGAUUAGGAGUCUAAGGUCAUAACUAAAUUAGUAUAACUUUAUGAAAUAAAAAGCA